CUGAAUUUGAUGGGAAAUAGUAUUUCAGAGGUUGGUGAUGGAGAAAGAACUGUGGGAUGGAGAAAAUUGAGAGCGAUAUUUGGAGAUCGUGUUGCACUUGAUAACGACAGCGUUGAGUAUGAAGAAGAUGAAAUUUCAGUCGAGGACGUGUACAGAGAACUUAAGAGCAAGCCAAUACACUGGAACUUCGAGAUGCUGAGAACACUCAGACCGCCGUCAGUCCCCGAGUUUAAACGCAGCGAGGAAGAAUUGAUGAAGCUGUGGAAUGAGAGCAUGUUUGUGAGGGAGUGGGACAGGCUGAGGCCCGAGGUCAUUGAAACAAUCGAGGCCAACAGAAGAGUCCUUUUGGCAGUGUAUGGAGAGGGCUUUUCAAGACUGCUCAGGACAGAUGUAGACAGGGAGACCAGAAAUAGGAAUAUCACAGAGAUUGUUACAAAGAUUGCAGAGAACAAAGACAGCCACACCAGGGAACGAAACAUAUCAAAGCUCGCUGGUAAUGACAAAAGCGCCUUUAUGGACAUGUGGGAGAGGAACAGCCGCAAGUUCAUAAUUGGCGACAACAAGAGAACAAUGGACGAGUUCAUACACCACAUCUACAAUCCAGACCAGGAGUACAGGAGGUGGAGGAUGAAGAAGAAGCACACAGGCCUGGCCAAGAACCUGCUUGGAUCCAUACUCAAUGCUCUUUCGAAAGAGAGUGAUGGGGAUGUGGUCUUCCCGAACAUCAAUGUGAUCUGUGAGGGGCUUGGGUAUUGUCCGGACAGACAGAUAUCCGAGAUGAUGUUUGUGCACAAUUUGCUGACAGAAGAUGUGGAGGUGCAGGAAGGUAGCAGUCUGGAGGACAGAGUGAGGAAGACUGUUGAGAGAUGGAUUGGGCAGGAAAAAGAACGGGUGUUUGAUAUUGCAGUGACGCCCUUGGAUGUGGGG